AUGGGAUUCUACCAGGCAGCUGGUCAAAUUUCUGUUAAAUAUCUUGGCCGUUACAACCUUAGCAUGCCUCACUUGUCCUGUUCUGUGUGUGGACAUUCACGAGAGACGUCUUUGUCAGAACUUCAGAGGAGUGGUUACUGGCCCGGCAACAUUCCUGCAAGUACACUGUUCACGACAGAUGUGCUUGUCUCAUUUCAAGAGCUGAAAAUGGCAUCACCAGGGAUGUCUUUUCAAGCAUUUGUUAAAAUGCUUAAUGAGAAAACAAUUCUCUGUGGCAGAAGUGGAAAAAUAUCAGCCGAUGUUUUCAGCUGCAGUUUCAACGAAUGGGUUGCAGCAAGAUAUGAAGUGGAAAAGAUGUGCCAGGAGGAGUUUUUUACUUGUCCAGCUUGCACUCCAGACAUGCUAGCUGUGCCAGUUGAAACCGCAAGCACUAUUGUUUUAAAAACACAGCUAGCACCGAGAAACGGGGAUUAUUUGACCAACUUUUUAUACAGAGUGAUGUGGAGGUGUCUAAUUUUGUGGACUACGUCCGCAAAAACACUGAUCACGUGUCAGGAAGAGGAAUGUGUGAAACAACACACUGGACAGCAGCAAAAGAAUCUGCAAAGAAAUCAAGCAGCAAACUGGACGAGGAGGGAUUAGAGAUUGCUGUUUGUCGCCAUGGCAUUCUUCUUAAAGCCUUAAAUAUGUUCAGAGGGGAAAUUUUUGCUUACCCCCUUUUUCUUCAGAAAAAAAAUUGCAGACAUAUCACAAGGAAGCAUCAAAUUCUUAUGCUCAGAUGUAGCCUGCAGGUACUUCCCGUAUCUUCAACGUGUAUCGAAGCACUGCCCUGAGCUGCAGUCCUUACUAGACAUGCAUCCUUUUUUGUCAGUAGUGCAUGCCAAAGCACACUCUUGGAAAUGUGAGGUCAAAUAUAGUGGGGCCUAUCAGGAAGGAGUUGGUUCAACUACUGGUGAGGAAGUGGAACAGGUCAACAGCUUCCUCUCUAGAAUUGCUAUUACAAGCAAAUACAUGUCAAAAGCAGGACGAGCAGACAUGAUAACAAUGCAGGCCAUGUUCUGGAAUAAGCGGAAGCUUCUCAAUUUGGGACAGGCUUUAGUUAACAGAUAUUUCAAGACUCAGAAGGAUCUGCAAAUGCAGAAAAACAGCUUGGAGGGAAUGAAGACAGAGCUGUCUCUGCAUGAUGAUGCUGUUGUUCGGUGGGUUUUAGAUGUACAGCAAUGGGCAGAAGGAAGUGACAGACAUGGAAGAGGUGAUUUGAAACUGUUACAAGAGGAAAUAGAGGGAUUAACAGUGAGCAUCAAAAGGUGCACACAGCGCCUGUACAGCCAAACAGAUAGCAACAAGUGGCGCCAUUCUUUGCGUCACAGAAGAAAUGAGGAGAAAAAGAAGCUAGCAGCUGCAGUGGAAGACUAUAACUGCAGAGCAGAUCCAUCCCAGAAGCUUGGGCCAGUUGAAGACUUCUUUAGAGAUGAGGCUGUUACUUGGCCCUGGGAAAUCCCUAGCAGUACUGAAUCGAGUUUAUUUCUCACGAAGAGGAAGAUCUUCGACAGGGUGAUGGCAGUGAGACGUCUUGAGGAAGAGAAAGCUGUGAUUUUAAAGGAGAUGAAACAACACUGGACUGUCCUGAUACAAAAGACGUCCAAUUUUGAAGAACUGAUUAAUGAGAUCACUUCUAAAU